AGUCUUCUCAAUUCGUCGUCACUCGUCACAUAUAUAAACUGAUAAACCUUUCUUAUACUACUCCACUCUCAUCGCCUUUUCUCUUCUCCCACAAAAACAAAUUAAUAAACAGUGAAAGAAGAAGAAGAAGAAGAAGAAAAUGUCGUUAACUCGACUUAUCUUUAUGUACGUACUCGUCUCCCUCAUCCUCUUCGGCUUCGCUUCUUCUCAAAAGUUAGCCAGAGAUGAAGUGGACGUUUUAAGAGCCGCGGCGAAGGUGUUACAGCAAAAGAUGUGGAAUUUCAGUGUGGAUCCAUGCGACGUCGCUUCCGUAGGAGGGUGGAGAAAUCCUAACGCUGGCAAGGGUUUCGAAGACGCAGUUACUUGUAACUGCUCCUCCACACUUUGUCACGUCACCAGCGUAGUUCUCAAGGCACAAAACCUUAACGGAUCUCUUCCUAAAGAGUUUGCAGGACUUCCUUUUCUGCAGGAGAUUGAACUGUCUAGAAACUUUCUCAACGGUUCCAUUCCUCCGGAAUGGGGAGCUUUGCCACUUGUGAACAUUUCAGUACUUGGAAACCGGAUAAGUGGUUCAAUCCCAAAAGAGAUUGGAAACAUUACAACCCUUAUUAGCCUUAUCUUGGAACUUAACCAGAUUUCAGGGAAAUUACCUCAAGAACUCGGGAAUCUACCAAACAUUCAAAGAAUCUUUCUUAGCUCGAACUAUUUGAGUGGAGACAUCCCAAGUACAUUCUCCAGACUUACAACACUGAUUGAUUUACGUAUAAGUGACAACCAAUUCACCGGUACUAUACCAGAUUUCAUCCAGAACUGGACAAACCUUGAAAAAUUAGUUAUUCAAGCAAGUGGUUUAGUCGGACCGAUUCCUAAUACCAUUAGUACUCUCAAAAAGUUAACAAACUUGAGAAUCAGUGAAUUGAGCGGACCAGGAUCUCCAUUUCCGCCACUACAAAACAUGACAACGAUAAAGACAUUGAUUCUUAGGAACUGCAAUCUUACAGGAGAGUUACCUGCGUAUCUUGGACCGAUCACAUCUUUAAGACUCUUAGAUCUUAGUUUUAACAAACUAAGUGGACCAAUUCCGGUAACAUAUAGCGCUCUUUCACGAGUUAACAUAUAUUUUACAAGUAACAUGUUAAAUGGGGAAGUUCCAAGUUGGAUGGUAGACAAAGGAGCCAAGAUUGAUCUAAUUUAUAAUAACUUUACCAAUGAUCCAAGAACUGCAGAAUGUCAGAAGAAUGAUGUGAAUAUGUUUUCAAGCACAAAUCCUUUGGUGGCAAAUAACUACUCAGACGUUUCUUGUCUGAGUAGCUAUACAUGUCCCAAAACUUUCUAUGGCCUUCAUAUAAACUGUGGUGGUACUGAACUUACAAUCAAUGGGACUAAGUAUGAUGCUGAUACAUCGGAUAGAGCAAUCUUCUACGACAGUAGAAACGGUUGGGUUUCUAGCAACACCGGGAGAUUCUUGGAUGAUGAGCGGUCUCCCAAAGGAGUAACCUUAUUGGAAAAUACGUCAGAGCUUAAGAUAGCAGAUCCUAGUCUUUAUACACAUGCCCGUCUCUCUGCCCUUUCCCUCACUUACUACGCUUUUUGUCUUGGACAAGGAAACUAUACUGUUAAUCUUCACUUCUCUGAAAUUAUGUUCAGUGGCUACCAAACAUAUAGCAGUUUGGGGAGACGGUUCUUUGACAUAUACGUUCAGGGAAAACUUGUGGCUAAGGGUUUCAAUAUAGUAGAUAAGGCAAACGGUGCUGGAAGAGCUGUGGUUAAGAGUUUCCCAGUCAGGAUUACAGAUGGGAAACUUGAAAUAAGAUUGUUUUGGGCUGGUAAAGGCACUCAAGCUACUCCUGUAAGAGGUGUAUAUGGUGCUCUCAUAUCAGCUGUAUCUGUAGAUCCAAAAUUCAUUCCACCCAAGGAAGCUGGCACUGGAAGUGGUGGUGGAAGCUCUAUUGGCAUAUUGAUUGGUGCGGUAGUUGCGUUAACGGUGUUUCUUGUGUUUUUAAUCGGCUGUAUCUUAUGGUGGAGAGGUUGCUUAAGACCCAAGAGUCAAAUGGAAAAAGAUUUCAAGAACUUGGAUUUUCAGAUAAGUUCCUUUUCGUUAAGGCAAAUCAAAGUUGCCACAGACAACUUUGAUCGCGCAAACAAGAUUGGAGAAGGUGGCUUCGGUCCUGUACACAAGGGAACGUUGAAUGAUGGAACAGUAAUAGCGGUGAAGCAACUAUCAUCAAAAUCAAAACAAGGGAACCGAGAGUUCUUGAACGAGAUUGGUAUGAUUUCUGCUCUACAACAUCCACAUUUGGUUAAACUGUAUGGAUGUUGCGUGGAGGGUGACCACCUCUUGCUAGUCUACGAGUACUUAGAGAACAACAGUCUCGCUAGAGCACUUUUCGGUCCUCAAGAGACUCAAAUACGACUAGAUUGGCCAAAUAGGCAGAAGAUUUGCGUUGGAAUAGCUAGAGGUCUAGCUUAUCUUCAUGAGGAAUCAAGACUCAAGAUUGUACACAGAGACAUCAAAGCGACUAAUGUCUUGCUGGAUAAGGAACUCAACGCAAAGAUUUCGGAUUUUGGUCUUGCUAAGCUUGAUGAAGAAGAAAACACACACAUUAGUACACGAAUCGCUGGAACAUACGGAUACAUGGCUCCAGAAUAUGCCAUGAGAGGUCAUUUGACAGAUAAAGCAGAUGUCUACAGCUUCGGCGUCGUUGCUUUAGAAAUCGUUCACGGAAGAAGCAACACCAUCACACGUUCCACAGUUGAUACCUUCAACCUUCUUGACUGGGUACACGUUUUAAGGGAGCAAAACAAACUGAUAGAAGUAGUAGACCCGAGGCUUGGAACAGAUUACAACAGAGAAGAAGCAAUGACCAUGAUCCAGAUCGGGAUCCUCUGCACCAGUCAAGUUCCGUCGGAAAGGCCGUCGAUGUCAACAGUGGUGAGCAUGCUCGAAGGAGGUUCCACGGUGGAUGUUGAGAAGCUUCUUGAGGCUUCGUUAAGCAGAGGAAGCGAGAAAGACGAAGAGAGCAUGAGAGCGAUGAAGAAGCAUUACACGAUGUCGGAUCAGACUUUUAGCACCGACGGACCUUUCACAUCUUCUUCUACGUCUACGGCCAACGCUAGCGAUCUUUACCCUCUUAAGCUUGAUGCUGCUUACUGGAACUCUAGAGUUUAGUUAUGAAUUAUGUUUUUGCAAAACAAAAUAUAAUGCGUCCUGGUUAUACGUAUCCCAUAUAUAUUACUACCGGACCGGAGCAUUACGAAAU